GCACAUUCCUGCUGCAAAGCCUGCAAACCAGGCCAAGAGAAAUGUGCGCGCAUCUAAGCCGCUGGUAAACAUUGCAUCGGUUCACGUGCUCGAUUCCGAUCCAAGUCAGUAUUCUCGUUUCUCGUCAACAACGACGAGUCAUUGACUAAUUAAUGUGCUAACAAGUGCGUAAGUUCGGAAUAUCCACAAUGAGCUUCAGCAACAUCUGCCUAAGUGAACCCUUUACGUUCCUCAACCACAUCAAUCCUCAUUAUCUGUUUUAUUCCAUCAUAAUCGGCACAUUUGCCAGCUUGUUCGGCCUGGUAUGGAUCCUCAAGACAUACACCUACUUUGAGAAGCAGAAGGUCACUAGAGGCUCCCUGCCAAAGUUUCCGUUUGGCAAUUUCCGCGAAAUCAUCAAGGAAAACACUUCCUUGCACACGUUUUUAUGGAAGUACUACAACAAGUUCAAAAGGAAGAAUUUGCGCUUUGGAGGGCUGUUCCUCCUGGUCAGGCCUGUGAUUGUAGCCGUGGAUCCUUCAGCAGCCUCCAACGGAACUUCAUUGUUUCCCAAAGAGUGCAAGCUCAAACCUCAGGAGGCUGCAGCUCUACUGAACCACGAUGUCUCCAACUGCUUUAUCAAAAGCUUCAACUCUUCAGUGAAAGCAGCCAUUCCUGAAACCCUCCUCAAGUCGGAUGCAGCCACAGUCCUCAAAGACUACCUAUUGGAGUCCACGUGUUUGCUCUUUGGCUUCCAAGCUCCUCAACUGGUGGAGGAAAUCAACGAGCUGCUCGAGGAAAACUUUGCCACAUCCCUCAAGUUCUACCUGCGUUUAUGCUUUCCAGUGCUGCAGAAGUUUCAAAGCCCCCCAAAGCCCCACAAGCGGUUGCUGGAAUUGAUGGAAGCCCGGAAGAAAAACGACUCGGAAGCCAAUGAUCUGAUCGAGGCCUUUACAUUGCUACUCAACGGAUCCGAUUACACAGUCGAUGACAUUGCAGAAGAAGUGUUUAAUGCGUUUUUAGACACUCUAAGCUAUAGUUGUUCGUCGCUGUUGUUUUGCUUCUACGAAUUGGCCAUUAACAGUGAAACUCAGCAGGAACUGAUAGGCGAAAUUAGGCGGUUUAAUCAGAAGAAUGAGGCCUUGACGUGUGAGAACUUAGGCCGGAUGGAGUUUUUAAAUGCCACUAUUAAAGAAACAUUCCGAAAGUACCCGCCGGUAUCCACCAUCAUCCAGCAGAGCAAGGACUUGGACUGGAACCCGGACAAAAACGGCCUGAUUCUCCAGUCAACCCUGGGUAUACACAGAGACCCUCAAUUCUACACCAAACCUGAAGCUUUCGAACCCGAUCGUUUUAUGGACAGCAUCCCAGUGAAUGAAGACACUUAUCUGCCCUUCGGGGUGGG